AUGUGCGAUGGAGUGUUCUGUGGUCGGCCUCAUGCCAGGCAGAGACACUUUGCCUCCAGCAUUUUCUUUAACUUCUUGGUUGUCAUAGUCACCCUUGCGAAUACUGUCCUUAUUGGUGUGGAAAGCGAUCAGGGCGUCCUGGAGCUUCAAGACCGGAUACCAUUCUUCAUCACUGAAGUCACCUUCACGGGCUUCUUCUUUGUAGAGAUGCUGCUCAGAAUAAACCAGCUCAGCUGGGAAUACUUCAUGGAUGCAUGGAAUGUCUUCGACUACAGUCUGGUCGUCUUCAGCUGUGCAGACUUGGUGGUCAGUAUGGCCAAGGAAAACGGUAGUGGCCUGCGGUGGGCAGCAUCAAUGCGCAUCUUUCGAGCCUUUCGAAUUGCCCGUGCACUAAAGGGCGAGAAGGUGGUCGUGGGCCUCUUCCGAAUUACACAAGGGUUUAUCGACGCAUUGCCUUCAGUUUUUUGGAUGUCAGCGGCUGCCUUUAUCUUUGCCUACAUGCUGGCGGUGGCGCUCACAUCCCUGGUUGGAGGAGACACUGCAGCCAGGGAGCUCUGGCUGGAUGUGGACCUGUAUUGUGGCACGGUAUCCCGGUCCUUGUACACCAUUUUGCAGGUCAUGACUCUGGACAGUGUCCAUCAGAAUAUCUUGAGACCAAUCCUGAGUUACGCACCUCUCGGCCUUAUCGUCGUUUAUCUGACAAUGUUAAUGCUGAGUUUUGGCACCUUGAACAUUCUCCUGGCGAUUAUGGUGGAGAGGAUGACAAUCAUCUCUCAGGAUACCCAGGAGAACAAGAUUGCCUUGGUGGCCAAGACGGAGAAGCUUCUUAUGAUGUCCAUGCUGAAAGAGUUCGAUGAUUGCGACACCGAUUUCAACGGCGAGCUGGACAUGAAAGAGUUCCGGAAGGUGCUGAGGACCGGGCCAAUGACGGAGAAGCUCAAGUUCUUGGAAGUUGGGGCUGUAGAAGCCGAAAAUCUGUUCGAGAUGAUGGAUGUGGACAAGAGCGGGGCAUUGAGCCCGAUCGAGUUCUUGAGUGGCCUCUUCAAGGUCAAAGGACAAGCGAAAGGAGCCGAUCUCUGCCGGCUCAUUACUAUUUUGGACAAGAACAAGAAAAUGUCCAAGUUAUGGGUCGAAAGGAUGAGGCGCAUGAACCACCAAGCGGAUUUGAUCCAGGCAAGACUCAAUCAGGUUGGUCGAAUUCUGGCUGGUGAGCUGAAAGGCUUAACAGAGGCUUCUGCACGUGCCGAUUUCACAUGGAGCAGCGCUGCGAAGCGCAAGCUCGUGAUCCAGGAGAAUGAGCUCAGAGACAAGGCAAUAUUUCCUGGUAUGAUUGAGACAGAAGAGAGUGACGAUGGUUCGGAACAGUGGCAGUUCCAGCUGUAG